AUGUCUUCACAACACCAGACCCCCAGUCAUGGCGAUGUAAUAGACAUAGGCGGAAGCCGACUGCAUGAAGACGUCGGAGAGAGACUUUCCAGAGUCCUCACGGCCGUCUAUGGCCCCAGUGCAAAGCCGACUCUUCCAGAUGAGCUCUUAUACACCGACGUUGGACUGCCCAUUUGGAAUGAAAUCAUCUUCACACCCGAGUUCUAUCAAACUCAUGAUGAGAUUGCGCUCUUUGAUGCUCACGGAAACGACAUUAUAAAGCGGCUUCAACCUGGCGUAACCAUGAUUGAUCUUGGAGUUGGAGAUACUCGCAAGGUGGAGCAUUUGCUCUCUUCUUUUGAGGAGGCGCAGCUUGAAGCUACAUAUCUGGCUCUCGAUAUUUCCAAAGCAUCAUUAGAGCACAGCGUAGGCUACCUUCUUGGCAAACAUUCCGCAGAGAAUGCCAAGGUAACUUGUGCAGGGCUGUGGGGAACAUUCCAAGAUGGCAUGUCCUAUGUGAAAGGUGUCGAAGGUCAGAGACUAUUCCUCUCUCUAGGCUCUGUUCUUUGCAACGACCCUUGGGCGGAAGCUUUGAACCACUUGAGGUACUGGGCCGCGGCGCUCCGGCCAGGAGACCUCCUCUUGGUAGGCAUGGAUGCUCACCUGCUGCCUAAAGAUGAGGAUAAGAUUUGGAAAGCCUAUCACUCUCGGGAUGACCUGUAUCGCCAAUUCUUCCUGAACGGCUUUAACCAAGUGAAUAAAGCAGUUGGCGAAGAGUGGUUCCAAGAAGAAGACUGGGAAUUCAUGGCGCAGCUUGAAGAACAACCAACGACUCGCCACCGAUUUUUCUUUCGAGCCAAAAGGGAUGUCAUCAUCCAUGGACUCAACCGGACAUUCAAAGCGGGUGACGAGCUUGACUGGUUCGACUCUCACAAGUAUGGAGAGGAGAGCGUUCGACUCAUGUGCCAUAAGGCGGGACUGAGUGUGAUAAAUGUCAUGCAAGCACCCGGCUCUGAGUUUAGACAGUAUCUCCUCAAAGCGAAGGAGGAGCAAGAUCAAAGAGAGGAUGGAGAUAGCGCCAUAUCCGGAUUGGCAUAA